AUGCGCUUAAACUAUCAGUUUGGAUUGUUGCUGAUGCUAGGUCGGGCUGUGUUAGUGGUGUUGAAAACAUUCAAUAUAGCCAAAUCGAGUAUAAUCGGCAAAUGCCACGGGUUCUACACCUGCGCAAUUGGUGGACGAAAAAGGAACUGCUAUCCAAGCACGUUUCUCACUUUAUCACCCUUGUUUGUGGGUGCUGUCCUGCAUCAUUUAGGGGCCGGCCUGGUUGAUUGGAGCCGCAGUUCUGCGUUUGCCCUCCUUCCCUGUCUGGACCGCCUGCAGUCGACUUCGGGGAUUCUCGUCUCUUCCUUCUUCUUCUUCAUUCUCUCGUCUCUGUUGGAUUUAACUCUAGUCAUCUUCACAUGGACCAAAACAGACCUUUGCGUGGCCAAGGCGGCCCAGGACGAUUCAGAGGCCGCCGAGGUAGAGGCUAUGGACGACGAGCUGGAAAUAAGCAAGUUCAUCGAGUCGCUGCCUGAUGUGAGUUUUACUAACUUAUUCUCGCUAUAUAGCAAUGACUUUUACGCAAUACGUCCCAGGAACGCAGAUUUCGAACGUCCAACCUUUGGCUUCCAGGCACAAGAGAGGCAAGAGUUCGCGCAAGGACAGCCGAGGGUUCCAGAACUCCCUGUCGACUUGCCCGGGGCGCUGUCUCGAUUUGGACCUCGUCACGACAAUGAUCACGCAGUAAUCUCAAACAUUCAAAUACUGCCUACCAUAUCAGAGAUCCUCAAUGAUGGGAGGCCCGACUUCCUUCCUACACGAGCGCACAAGCAUCAUCAGUCUGGCAUCCUUCGGCUCCUGGAUUCCCAAUUCCGACUUCUGCGGGAGGAUACAUCUGGUCUCAUUCGUGAUUCUAUUCGUCUGAUCUUAGAUCACUGGCGAAUAUUUGCUCACAAUCCAGACUGGACUCUCAAAAGAAGAAUCCUUCAUGAAAAAUCUCCGACGCCUAUCAGAAUCUUUUCAAACGCCAGAAUCCAACGCUUGAAGUCCGAUGAUAUCAAAGGCAUUGAGAUUGAUGUUGAAUUUGAUCAGGUCGAAAGGCUUCGGUCCAGGAGCCCGUCACACCGGGGCCAAUGGUGGUGGGAUUCUACGGCACUGAAAGAAAGGGGCCAAAUCGUCGCUCUCCUAGAUGGCGAUGAGGAACAAAACAACGUCAAACUCAUAUUUUUCCUGGUUACUCACAGAGAGAUCGGCGAAUACUAUCAGAAGCAUCCAAGGGAAACUACCGGUCCUGACCUUGUGCGCGAUGUUAAUAGUAAUGCAGACAGGGCAUCGGUGACACUUCGUCUAGCAAAUGCAGGAUGCCAGACCGAUGUUCUAAACCUGGUUUCUUUGGCACGAAAUGCGUCAAAUUUAACGAAAUCGGUACUUCUGCUCGAGUUUCCAGCCGUCAUGUAUCACUCCUUUGAAGGUAUCUUACGAUGUCUUCAAGCCGUUCAUCAGAAUCCAGCCAAAAUACCAUUUACCAAGUGGCUAUCUAAUCCGGAUGAAGCACACGAAAUAUUGAAUAACACUACGGUCACUACGAAAAUGGCUAAUGAUGAAGUUUUUGUGCCGCCUCCCCGGUACUUGAAAGAAGAAAUGACUUUGGACCUGUCAUGCUUACCAAGACCUGCUACCAAUAGCAACACUAUCAUUUCGCCGUUGACGAUGUUACCAUGGCAAGACUCUGCAGUAAUCUCUCAAAAUCUAUCAACAACAACAACACUAGAUUCUGGACAGGCGACUGCGCUGGUAUCGGCGCUGCGGAAGGAGGUAGCACUUAUUCAGGGCCCUCCAGGCACUGGAAAGUCUUAUGUGGGAAUACAAAUCGCAAGAUGUUUACUCGAAAACCGGGAACUGUUGCGCAUGGGACCCAUAGUCUGCGUCUGUUAUACCAAUCAUGCCCUCGAUCAAUUUCUGAAUGAACUUCUCGACUCCGGUAUUACCGAUAUCAUACGGAUCGGGCAUUCAAGCUCAUCGUCGCGCUUGCAAAAGAUUUCUUUAGAUAAUCUAAAGGAUGGGUUACCGAUAAAACGUAAUGGUGGUUUGAAAUCGAGGAUUAAUACCUGCAAGGGACAGCUAAUAGAGCUAAGCGCCCAAAUUGAACAGAUAUGCGCCACGAUCAAAUCCUGCAGUGGGAGAACUGUUGCCAGAUAUUUAAAAAGAGUGUUUCCGGAGCAUUCACAAUUUCUUGUUGACAACUUGCAGGAACAAGAAUAUGACAAGAGAAUGAAUGAUUGGAUAUCUGGUGAUGCACCUGGUGACUGGGAUAACAAUGGGAUGCAACGAACCAUCGGACAAUUGAUCGAGGCGAAAGUGUGGACGUUAAAAAGGGCCGAAAGAGCUCGUCUAUAUGAACAUUGGAGGGAUGCUGCAUGUGUCGAACUUGCUCAUGACUUAGCAAGCCUACUCCGGCAACAUAGCUCAACGAAGCAAAGAUACACAAGUCUUUUCAGCGAAUUCGAUUCCGAGCUCCUUAAUCGAGCACAAAUUGUGGGAGUUACGACCACGGGUCUUGCCAAUAACUCCGACACUAUUCGAGGACUGACAGCCAAAGUCCUAAUCUGUGAAGAAGCAGGUGAGGUUCUGGAGUCACAUAUUAUCACCGCUUUGCUGCCAACUCUCGAACAUUUAAUCAUGAUCGGAGAUCAUAUGCAGUUGCGCCCCCGAAUUUCAAAUUUGAGGCUUUCGAUGGAAUGUGACAGGAGAGGUCCGACAUACAACCUUGACGAAUCUCUCUUCGAACGCUUAGCAUCUUUAAGAUUUAGAGCCUUGGCUGCGAAUUCACACGGAGAACGUUUAACCACCGGUUUGCAAUUUCCAAUUUCACAACUUAAUCACCAACGGCGUAUGGAUCCUUCAAUCUCACAAUUGAUCCGUGAGACAAUUUACUCUAAUCUCCUAGAUCAUCCCAUCACAAAGUCUUAUCCCACUGUCUCAGGAAUCAAGCGCCGAUUGUAUUGGCUUGAUCAUCGACAUUUCGAGGAUGCUAGUGAUCCCGGGGACCCCAUGCAAAGUAAGACAAAUACCCAGGAAGCGCACAUGGUGACUGCGUUAGUCAAGCAUCUCUAUCGACAGGGAACCUACAAGUCGGGACAAAUUGCCGUAUUGACUCCAUACGUUGGACAAUUGAAAAAAUUGAAAAGUAUGUUGGAGGAUGAGAUGGCUUUAAUUAUCGCACAAAGAGACUGUGAUAUUCUGGAAGAAUCCGAAUAUACAAAUCUCGGCGCAAAUAAGAAGUUCGCAACCAGCAGAAAAGCUAAGAAGCGGCAUGCUAUUGAGAAUAAGAAUUUGCUACAGGGAUUGAGACUGGCUACCGUUGACAACUUUCAGGUAAGAGCCCAGUCUACUCGUAAUAAUAACACGACCACUGACAUAUCAUAUGAAAGGGUGAGGAAGGGACAGUUGUCAUCGUCUCACUUGUUCGAAGCAACCCCUAUCGAGAUUGUGGAUUUCUUAGAUUUCCGAACCGGAUCAAUGUUCUCCUCAGGCAAGGCUCAGUUACAAAUUUGGUCAAAAUUUCUCAAAAAUCUAACAUUUUUCUUUAGUCGCGCCAAGCACGGUAUGUAUAUCAUCGGCGAUGCGGCCACUGCAGCCACGGCACCAAUGCGAAACGCUGAUCUCAUCGAAUUCAAGGAGUAUCGUGAGAUAGACCCUAACAAAGAUCCUCUUAUAUUCCUUUCCUGUGGGCAUUUCUACACACUAGCCUCACUAGAUGGAAACAUGGAAAUGAGCAACUACUACAUCAUGGAUGAAUCUACGGGGGAUAUUGUGAGACCAAAAUCGACUCCUUGGGUUAUCACUUCCCAAAACUCGUUCAAGGGCUGCCCAGAGUGCAGGAUGCCGCUUCACAAUGUAGACCGCUACAACCGCAUAGUAAAACGAAAUCUGUUGAACGAAGCAACAAAAAGAUUUGUUACUCAAGCACAUGAAAGUCACAUGCGGCUCUUGAAAGACCUGGAGAACCUCGAGAAGAAUAUGGAUCUUGAAAGAGAAAACCUGUUACCUGCACUGUCAAGUGCGCGAAAUAAACAUCGCGGUUUUAUCGAAAUGGAGAACUCCUUAGAUGGUUAUCAAAGCAGAGGAGUGAGACUACACACAGAAAUCAAUGGUUUCAUCAAGUCGGUGGCGGCAGCGGAACGGCCGUUUGGGAGAGUGAAGGAGCUGCUGGCUUCAGCAGUGGCGGAGCAAGAUAUGAAGAAGGAAAGAAAAUGCAGUUCUUUCAGAGUUGACGAAUCUGUUAUACAAACUGGAUUUCAACUGUACGGCCAAUCCAUGAGCCUUCGACUGAGUUGGGCUGUGCUAUGGGAUUUUCAUCUAAUCUCCAGUAACAACUCCAUCGAUCCAAGGGUUGCCCAUGCAUUACGCCAACUUAUAUCUACUCGAGUCAACAUUUUACUGAAGAAAUGCAAAUCGUUACUACAUGCUAGUCAGGCCGCCAAAUUCCGCGUCGAAGAAGUGCAUGCGCGAGUUUUUCAUGUUCAGUUUUCGACUUUGUCUCUCAUAAACCGACAAGAGCAAAAGCUACCAAUGAGCCUAGUGGCCGAGGAAAGGGCACGAGAAAGGGCACGAGAAACCUUGGACGAAUCUGAGACUUUGUGCUUACAAUAUCCGGGCACCCUGGGAUUUCUUAGGGAUGAUAUUGAAAAAACUAGGCAGCUACUUAAUGGGGUAGCACUUUACAGUUUUGUGACGACAGAGGAGACAAGAGAGGUCUACAGGGCUAUGGCGGAGCAAUUUUCUGGUACCGGCCACUGGUACUAUUGCGAAAACAACCAUCCGAUUUUCCAACCACAGUUCACAAUCGGAGAAUGUGGCAUGCCAAUGGAACAAGCUCAAUGCCCACAAUGCGGUGCACCGGUAGGGGGACAAGAUCAUGAGUUUGUGGAGGGGGUCAGUAGAGCACAUGAUAUGGAUGAUGAUUUUGCUCAGUAG